AUCAUGCGCAAGAUGGGGCGUUGACACAUACAUGUACACCGCGCCGCCGAACCGCCUGCUUCAAACUCCCAUGGCGCCGCCUGGUGGGCACAGCAAAAGAAUACCGCCGCCGUGGCCAGCAGUGGGAUGUCCCACGACUCUUGUGUCCAAGGCCACCGCGCUCCUGCUGCUGAUCUGCACCCUCGACUCCGGUUCCGGGUUUGCCCCUCACACCUUCAGCAGCUCGGCACGACAACAACUGCGCAGGUAUCGACCAUCCUGCGAUCCGUCCUUCGGCAGGCGUCGCGGGGUCGCGCCUCUCUCUGCGGGCCCGUCGUCCUCCUCUCCGACCCCUCCGAAGCGUUCCUCCGCCAAGAAGAAGGGCACGAACUCCGUGAAGUUUGCCGGCGGCAGAGUCACGCGCCCGGUUGAACAGCCCGAGGGCGACAACAAAGACGACGAGGAGGAAGACGUGCGCAAGAAAAGCGCGCGCUGGGGCGUCAAGCCCCCCUCGCCGCCGAAGCUCCCGAGCAUUCCCGACGUCCGGUCGCUCAAGAACCCGCUUGACGGGGUGGGGAAGUCGCUUCGGAAGGUGGGCAGCGGCGUGGCUGCGGUCAAGGAUGCGGCCUACGGGGCAGCGGACGCUGCGGGGAGUAUCGCGGAGCAGGUGCAGGGCGUUGCCGAUGCUGCUGCCGCUGGUAAAGCAGCCGGCGACGGUGGCGCCAUGCCUCAACUUGCCGCGACAGCUAGCGUUACACCGGUUGUCCCAUCGAACGCCCCCGGAGGCGCGAAACGAGCGCUGCGACUGCUCGUGGGCGGAGCCGUGGCGGCGAAGGACGCGUUCUGGGGGUCAUUGGACACGCUGAGCUCCGCGGCGGACGCGGCUUCCAAGGCUCCGGAGGUGGCCAAGGGUAUCGUGGAGGACGGGAAGGCGGCCAUCGAAAGCGGGAAGGCGGCCAUCGAAGGAGCCAAGGAGAACGCUCAAGCCGUGGCGAGAGCUCCCGCCCAGGCUGCCGAGGCCGUGUCUGGCGCCGUCAAGGAGGCCGGCAAGGCUGCCACCUCCGUCAAAGAAGGAGUGUACGGGGCGGUCAAUGCGGUGUCGCGCCUCGCGGACAUGCCCGCCGAGAUGGCCGAGAAACGGAGACGGCAGCAGGAGGAGCGAUUGGAGCGAGAAAGAAAGGCCGCCGCCGAGCGGAGGGCGGCAGCGGCGAAGCUUGGAGCCGCGGUGGAAUCUGCCAAGGCGGUCGUGUGGGGAACGGUGGAGGGGGUGGACCACCUUGUGGACGCUGUGGCGUCGACGCCAGCAGCUGUCAGCAACGGGGUAGCCAAGGCUAAGGAGGCGGUGACGACCGCUCAAGAGGCGGCGGCAUCUGCCGGCGAGGUGUUGGAGAGCAUCCCGCGGACCGUUCAAGAGAUCCCGAAAGAGGCCCAGAAAAAGGUAGACGGUGUGCUGGCGUCGGUGACCUCGACGCAAGCGUCUGCGGAGAGCUUCGUGUCCGGCGUCAAGGGCGGGGUGGACACCGUCUCUAGCCUCGCCCAGAGGGCCGCCGCCGUCGCCACCGGCAAGGAGAAGAAGGAGAGGGAGGAGAGGGAGAAGAGGGAGGCGGAGGCGCGGAGGAAGGAGAAGAUGAAGAACGCCCUCGUCACGUUCGGGGGGGAGCCUUACACCGCGAAAGACAUUGCGUUCGCUACACUCAAGGCUCUCGGUGCGACAGCUCAGGGGGCUGUAGUGGUGGGAAAGGGUCUUUUUGGGUUCGCCAGGGAGGCCAGGUCCAUCCCGGUUGAGGUGGCACGCACGCUGCUCGGACCGCUGUACAAGUACCAGCAGUCCCAGAAGCGGGUGCAGGAUGCGGUCGACCUGCAGCGAACGGCGUCAGCGCCUACAGCAAGGGUCGAUGAUGCGCCGUCAUCUGCUGCUGGUGGUGCUGCUACGAAGGAAUUGCCCGGAGGAGGGAAAUAUGCCGGCGAGGAACCUUUUGCGGAGUCUUCUGCAGCGCCAGAAGUGACGGUAGUCACCCCGACGACUCCUGCGGCAUCAAAACUGACUGCAGCAACACCCGCAGAGGCGACCACAGCAGUGCCACCAAAAGCGCCGGGGUCCGAAAAGAAGAAAGAUACCACAACGCCAAAACCCGUCGCAAAACCAGCAGAGGAAGAAGCGGCAACAACGGCUCCGCCUGCCCAACCCCCACCGGCAGUGAAGAAGCCGGAGGCGAAGAAGAAAGGCACAAGAAGUAAAAAGAAGAAAGACGUGGAGGCGGAGGAGCGCGCCGCCGAGCUCGAGUUCAUGAACGAGAUGAAAGCAAAGGCGGACAAAAAUGCACCUCCGUAACUGGGAUUGGCUGCUGCUGCUGCUGCUGCUGCUGCUGCUGCUGCUGCUGCUGCUGCUGGUACCGCAGCGCUGUUUCCGUGGCGACAGCCCGUGCCGCUGGUAUGUACCCGUGUGGCAUAGUCCGACCGCUGAGGGCCGGUCGCUGAGGGAGCUAAUUCCGCCGCCGGCCGGAGCACGUGGGCGGAGCAAGUGGACCAAGCCCCUCCCUCAAAACCGCGUGGUGAUGCUCCGUUCAGGAACCAAGUCCAGUUGAGAGAGGAAUAUGGUGCUUCCGUCUCGACGCCGAAAUUGAGCCCAUCAUCUUCUCCACAGUAGUUGGGCGAGGAGAAAGCUGAAGGGUGAAAACAAAAACCUUAUAGAUUGUAGAUGAAAGGCCUGGAAGUAUCUGUCUACGGGGACGAGACCAACGUUGUUUGGACGUUGGGUCGGUAUUCCCCUGUUUUGUUCGGAUUCGAUUUUUUAGCUCGUUUACUUUCAGAAGUCAAGGCGGUUCACUACGUCUUUCGCUUGAAUUUGAAUUCCAAACUUUCCAUACGUGAGGGAAAAGGGUUGGGUGUAUCCUCGUCGUUCGCGUAGGUUCCUUUUGCACGGAAGUGUAUAGUGUAUAUUGUACGUGGAUUUGUUUCUUUGGAGGGAAGAAGAGAGACAAAAGAUCCCCGAUGGGCUCCUAGACUACAGCGGUUGUUAUGAUGUGACUGCUGGAUGCUCAGCAAGAACAUGUUUACUUUGUUUGGCGAUGAGUGGAUGAGUUUCAGGUUGUCUCUCGACGGACGCACCAAGUUUAGUGCUGCACCAAGGGCAUCCGGGAAAAAGGGUGUCCAAGGCGGGUUUACCUCGAUACAUGAAGCCCGUCGCCCCGGUGUUCUAGUUGGUAUCCUCGAAACCUACUAGAGGUCAGGUCAGGGGUUCG